AUGUGCCUAGCAUUCUCCUUAACCUUGACAGGAGAGGCUCGAAAGUGGUUCUGGCAACUGAAGCCGCAAUCGAUCAUCUCUUUCACACAGCUCAGCAAAGCGUUUAUCACCAACUUCAUCAGAGGAAAGGAGAGGCUCAAGCCAGCUUCUCAUCUCCUCAAUAUUGUUCAGAAAGAAGAUGAGUUGCUAAAAGAUUACAUUAAACAUUUCAACCUGGAAAUAAUGCAAGUACAAGGACAUUCGGAAGAGAUCACUCUAACUGCCAUGAUGAGAGGUCUAAGGGAAGGAAGAUUCCUCUUUUCGCUCAACAAAAACCCCCCAAUGACAAUGAUCGAUCUCCUAAAUCGGGCACAGAAAUACUCCAACGCCAAAGAACUUUUUGUCUUACGAAAGGCCACUCGGAAGAAAGGAAGCUCAGCCAGAGAGAGGCGACCUAAGGAGGAGCCGACCUCAAUCGAUGACAAGAGAAGGAAAGACCACAAGUUGAUCAAAAGUCAGCGCACUAUUAGGCGACCUGAGAACAGGUUCAAUUCGUACACCCCAUCAAUAUGA